CUAUCGAUAGUGUUUACAAAACCAUCGAUGUAUUCGAUAGUCAAAAACCAUAGUGCCAUCGAUAGUUUCUAAUUCUAUUUCCUUCAUUUUCAUACCCUGACAGUUCUAUAUUUUAGUAGCUGGUUAUUUAUUUAAAUACAAUGUUUUAUUUUAAAAUAUGCCGUAAGAGUGCAAUCUUAUUUCGAUUAUCUGCCGUUCUAGAAGAUGUCAAUACCUUAUCAAGGAAAGCUAGUUCCUACAAACGCACCCAGUUGAGUGUUCCACAUUCAGACCACUUGCAGAGCUUUAAAACAGAAUUGUUUCAGCAAAGAAGCGAACUAAAGGCCUGCGAAUGGGAGGACUUGCGAAAUAAUUUGAUUUCCAAGUACAAGCACAUAAAUAUCAACAAUGUAGAUGCCAUAAUACUUGGUUUGUGCGGCGGGGCAGAUCAACUCUCACUGGCUAAAAACUACGUGCGGUAUUUACGUGGAUGUGGAUUGGAACCUAACAUGGCAACAAUAGGACGUCUAUUGCGGAUUUACAAUGCUGCAUACCAUACGAGAGGCGGAAAUGAUACAGCACUAACCGCGGAUGAACAGCAGUAUAUUUUAGAUAUUUAUUCCCAGCUACGAGAGCGUUAUGAAAUCUUAGAUGCCACAACGUGUGAAAAUUUAAUAUAUGGAUUGGUAUGUACAAAUGAUUGGCGCGCCGGUGUAGAACUUCUACGUAUGACGCGGCAAACAGCUACGCCAAGUACCGCUGCUUACACUGAGCUAACGAUAAAGGCUUUUACAAAGGGAGAUUUAGAAACUGGUUGGCACCUACUCGAGGAAACUGUAAUGCAGCGAAAGGAACCUAAAUGCGAAUCGUAUUUAGCAUAUUUGCAUCAUAUAGCCAAGGUACAAGCAAACUUUGAAAAUAAUUUUGAGAAAUUGUUAUGGUUCCUGGAGAAACACGAGCUUAUUAUAACCGCCAAAGUGGCGCAAUAUGUAACAGAAAACAUAAAUCCUAAAGAACUUACUGCCAAAUGCUCCCAAAUAGACAAAAAAGGAAAGUGUGGCAUUUGUAGCCUGCGAAUGAGGAAUAUUGCCAUUAGCGAUGCAGAGUACGCCAAGUUGAGUAAUUCCUUUUUAAAUAAGGUACUCAUACGCAACGAUAUCUUCCAGAAAUCAACACCCGAGGAGGUAGAAAGUUUCAAGCGCUUUGUUACGCAAACAGCGCCAUACGAUUGUGUUAUCGACGGACUAAACGUGGCCUACUCAAUGGGUGCAAAAAAACCGCCAAAAGUACUAGCCUCAUUGCUAGCUAAUGUAGUAAAACAUUUCAAAAAUCAACGUAAGCAUGUACUCGUACUGGGUCGCAAGCAUAUGAAUAGCUGGCCUAAAGAUGCAAUGCUUUAUAUACGAAAAAAUGCAAGCCUAUUCCUAACGAAUAAUCUUUCUCAUGACGAUCCUUUUCUUUUGUACGCCACUUUAAAAAGCGGUCAGACAACCGACUUUUUCUCGCGUGACCUAAUGCGCUCGCAUGCAUUUUUACUAGGAAGCGAGUUGCGUACAAUCUUUCGGCGCUGGCAGCUGGAGCAUCAAUAUGCGUUAAUUACACAAAUCGAGAAUGGAAAGAUCAUAGUGAAGGAACCAACACGCCAUGUACUUUGCGCACAUCAAGUUCAGGACACUUGGCACGUUCCGUACAAGCAAAGCUACUCGCCAAAUCCAGCUGAAAUAUUUGAAGUGCCUGAAAGUUGGCUAUGCAUAAAAUUUAACAAACAUUGAAAUAAAUUUUUCAGAAAAUUUUAAAA